AUUGUAUAAUAUAUGUGACGUAAACUAUAGAUCUUUAACGCUGGCAGUGAAUCUUGGAACACAGCCGAAGUGGUGGGAAUCCCGCCGCUUUGACGCUCUCGAUGCUGCCUGCACGAUCUGGCUACAACUGCACCAAACCAAACCUUGAAAAGCUCUGAUCCAAAUGACAGAUCUCAAUAAGGAACUGAACGAGUAUCUCACCAAAAAUGAAAAGCAAUUCAAAGUCGACGUUCCUCUGGUGCCAAUACCAAAACCGAAUCUAUUUGGGAGGAAAUGGUUCAGACAACAUCUCGACGAAGUAAAAGAGGAAGCGGGAUGGUUCCAGAGGAUGCAAGGAAAUUGCUGUCCUAACUUGACGCUGGUAACAAGAUACAAAUACAUUACCGUGUGUAUUCUUCUAGGAGCAUUGUGUUUCACUCUGAAAAUGAUAUACUUUUUCAAAGGAUUUAGACUAAGAAAGGUCGCUUUGCUCCAUUCUGUAGGAAGUCUCUUCUUUCUGUUGGCCUUCUGUCUCCUGUGGGGUUCUGGUUCUUUUCUAAAUUGUCUGAAGUCACUGUUCACAGCUGAGAGGAGGUGUUUUACUUUAGCCUACUUGGCUGCAUUGACGGGCACACUUUAUUCAAUUCACUUGGAGUCAACUGCAUUGACUCUUCUAUGCCUUAUAUUGCAAUAUACAGUUAUAUUUUCUGUUUUUUUAAGUAGCAGCUACUUCCUCGGCUCUAAGUUGUUUAGUCUAAUAUGUAGAUCAUCUGUAAAAUCUAGUUUAUUAAGUGAUAAUAUUGUAUGAUAAAAUUA